AUGGACUACGACUACCGGGGGAUGGAUGCCGAUGACUCGGGUCCACGCAUUAACAUCAGCGAAACUACGCCCAUCUCGACCAAGUUCGUCCUGAGCAACACAACCUUGUCGCUGGCCAACAGCAUUCGUCGCACUAUGCACGCUGAAGUUCCUACCCUCGCUAUCGAUCUUGUCGAAGUCGAAUCAAACACGUCUGUCUUGGCCGAUGAGUUCCUCGCUCAUCGCUUGGGUCUCAUUCCGCUGUCGGCCAAGAACAUUGAUGAUCUCUUAUACACUCGCGAUUGCGACUGCGACCAGUACUGCGAAAACUGCGCCGUAGUUCUGCGCCUUAGCGCUGUCAACCGUAAUUCGGACGAGACUGUCAAGGUCUUUGCCAAGGACCUCUAUAUCGAUGCAUCUUUCAGCCAGUACCGCCCUAAUGUUGACACCGAUGGCCCCCAGCGCGGUGCCCCUGUCAUCAUGGAUCCCGACGGCAACGGUCCUCUGAUCUGCAAGCUGCGCCGCAAUCAAGAACUCAAGCUACGCUGUAUCGCAAAGAAGGGAAUCGCCAAAGAACACGCAAAGUGGAUGCCAACAGCAGCCAUCGCAUUCGAGUACGAUCCACACAACGCCCUGCGCCACGCCGACUUGUGGUAUGAGAGUGACAAGUUGGAGGAGUGGCCACCAAGCAAGAACGCUGAGUGGGAGGAACCGCCGCAGGAGGGCGAUGUCUUUGACUAUGAUAAGGAGCCUGAUCGUUUCUACGUCAAUAUUGAGGGAACUGGUGUCAUGCCCCCGGAUACUAUCUUCCACACUGCGAUCAAGGUCCUCCAACAAAAACUCGCCACAGUCAUCCAGGAGCUAUCUCCCAACCUUCAGCAAGCACACCAACAAGAUCUUGCCCAACCACCACAAAGUCCGGACAUGAUGGAUAUGACUGGUGCUGCCACAGCAUACAACAACACAACUGCUUACGGCGCUGGCUCAGUCUACGGAGGUGGUUUCGGCGGCGGCAAUACCAGUGCUUGGGGUGGUGGUGCUGGAAAUGCUGUGCCCGGCGGUACUACACCUUAUGGCGCAACACCUUAUGGUCAAAAUGGCUGGUAG